AUGCAAGGAGCAGCCAUGGCGUUCGUCUCGCAGCUGCUGCUCCUCCUGUCGUGCAUUAUCUGCCAUGCUCUCAUCGCCAGUGCAGCGGGUGAGCAGAGCUAUAAGAUUCUCUCGACGAGCUCGCUCAAGCCUCAAGCCGUCUGCUCCGAGCCCAAGGUGAAUCCGUCGUCGUCCACUGGAGCCACGGUGCCGUUGAACCACAGGCAUGGCCCGUGCUCGCCGGCGCCCGCCAAGAAGGAGCCUGCCUUCGAGGAGCUGCUCCGCCGUGACCAGCUCCGAGCCGGCUACGUCCAGCGCAAGUUCUCCACGAACCACCGCGGCGGCGGGCUGCAGCAGUCGGAGGAGCUCAAGGUGCCGACCGAGCUGGGCUCUUCCCUGGACACGCUGGAGUACGUCAUAACCGUCGGCGUCGGCUCGCCGGCGGUGCAGCAGACCAUGACCAUGGACACCGGGAGCGACGUGUCGUGGGUGCACUGCAACUCCAACUCCACGGCCGGGUCGACGCCCUUCGACCCCGCCAAGUCGAGCACGUACGCCGCGUUCUCGUGCGGCGCCCCGGCGUGCACACAGCUCGGCGCGGAGGCCAACGUCUGCUCCAACUCGCAGUGCCAGUACAUGGUCCGCUACGGCGACGGCUCCAACACAACCGGCACGUACGGCUCCGACACGCUGGCGCUGGGCUCGGACACGGUCAAGGAAUUCCAGUUCGGCUGCAGCCGCGUGGAGGAGGGGUUCGGCGACAAGACCGACGGGCUCAUGGGGCUCGGCGGCGACGCGCAGUCGCUCAUCUCGCAGACCGCGGCGACGUACGGCAGGGCCUUCUCCUACUGCCUCCCGCCUUCCCCCGGCUCCAAGGGGUUCCUGACGCUCGGCGCGCAGACCGGCACGACGGGCUUCGCGACGACGGGGAUGCUCCGAAGCGAGCAGGCCCCGACGUUCUACGGCGUGCUCCUCCAGGGCAUCAAGGUCGGCGGGGAUCAGAUCAGCGUGGCGCCCUCCGUCUUCUCCGCCGGGUCCGUGAUGGACUCCGGGACCAUCAUCACGCGGCUGCCGCCCACGGCGUACACGGCGCUCAAGACGGCGUUCAAGGACGGCAUGAAGCAGUACCCGACGGCGCCGUCCAGGAGCAUCCUGGACACGUGCUUCGACUUCAGCGGCCAGGACAACGUCACCAUACCCACCGUCGCUCUGAUGUUCGACGGCGGCGCGGUCGUCGACCUCGAUGCCAACGGGAUCAUAUUCGGCAGCUGCCUCGCGUUCACGGGCACCGACGACGACGAGAGCACCGGCAUCAUCGGCAACGUGCAGCAGAGGACGCUCGAGGUGCUCUACGACGCAGGCCAGAGCGUCUUCGGGUUCAAGUCCAACGCGUGCUAG